AUGUCAUUCACUACAUUUGAUACAUAUGAUGCAUUUGAGGAUCCCAUCUUAGCAUUAGCCAAAGACCCAAACCUUGUUAAGGAGAAAUCAAAGAAUAGUAGAAUCACCCAGAUAAUACAAGGUUUCGCUGUUGCGGAACGCAAGGUCUCCCGGCUAUGUCAGCUCAGUCUUACGAUUCUACAAACAUUAGAGAAGAUAGACCUUAAUCUAAAGAAUUGGGCAUUUUUGUCUCUAGAUUUGAAUUCGACCGAUCAUUUCGAUGCUUCAAAUACUGAGGAGUAUAAGGAGUUCAAUAACAAUGUCUCGCUCAAAGUCAUCAACUCAUGUCAAGAGCUCACGAAGAAGCUCAACAAAAUCUCUGCUGAUGUCGACUUCAUUACAAACGCACUGCGGAGUCUCUCACCACGAGAGUUCAUAAGUGAUAGUGGCACGUUGCUCACAUCAUUGACAUUACGAAAUAUCCGACUCAAGGAUGAGUUGAGAGACAAGGUCACUAUUGCAUAUCUGAAAGCCAAGCUCAUCACCAUCGGCACCGAUUUGGAGCAGAUGUUGGGAGAAGGCAGCCUAGAACAACAGCAAACCGUUCACUCAUAUAAGCAAUUUGUAGUGAGCCUAUUGAACCAGCUCAAUACUGCUGUGGAGAGCGAUGACAUUGAAGAACGUAAUGAGUGCCUCGCAGUGAUCAGCGAUAUGGAGCAAAUGUUUGAAGCAUUCAAAGUUGAAAAGGUGCAGCAAGCAAAGGAUGAGUUACAAAGGCGUAACGAAAUGGCAGAAGAUUCCGAUGCAACUGCUUCCUCUCCCUACGGUAGCGCAACCAAGCUGCAGAAGACUCUGCCCGAGUCGGACUUCGGUUAUUCUCGUCGCGAUUCUGUGUCAUCACAGUCCACUGCAAUGAUGCUGCAAUCAGCGUUUAGUGAGGACCUUCCUCAUCUUUUAUCUGCAUUUCAUCAAGAUGAAAAAUCUGACAAUAGGUCGGAGAAAUCGCUUGAUAUUUCACAAAUCAAGGAGGGAAAGAACAAGAAGUCUCAAAAGUCUCCGUCCGAUCCAUCCGCAAGUACAAUAUUGCAUUUUCCUCGUCAGAAAUCUCAUCUUCCAGAAACUUCAUUAUACUCUGGCAGUGAAAUUGUUGCCGCACCGGAGACACCAUCACCGUAUUCAUACAUAAACUCUAAUAGCUCAUGGCUUUCUAAGUUGGGCAUACGACCACAAGUCAUCACAACGGACAAGCAUUUGUUGAAAAGUGCUUCAGUCAAUCGUGGCUUUGCCGAGAAACAGUUGCCGACACCAUCUUCGUCAACAUCAUUCAUUGAAGACACAGACGAUGAAGAUUACGAAAAGCGGAAGCAUAUAUCUCUUCUGACAGAGAAUCUCGAGGCACAUACCUUGUCGCUGCUAAGCAUAGAUGAUAGUCAGUUAGUAGAAUACGUUGAAUAG